AUGAUAUAUGAUGCAACUGCACUUUUUCCAUCAUCUGACAUCAAUCCUCAAGGCAAAUAUGUUCUUAUAACUGGUUGCGAUAGUGGCUUUGGUAAUGCUCUAGCUAUUGAAUUGGAUAAGCGAGAUUUUAAUGUAUUGGCCGGUGUUUUCAGUGAAAAUAGUCGAGAUUUACUCGCUAACUUAGGACCAAGUACAGCUGCACAUGGUGCUUCAAAAUAUGCUCUUGAAUCAUUCUCGGAUUGUCUUCGUCGUGAAAUGAGUGUAUGGGGUUUAUGA